AUGAAUUUGAGAAAAGAGUCAGUAUUGCCAGCUAUAACUAUAGACGAAGAGUUAGCUGACAGAAACGAAAUUCUGAAUAAUUCAAAUAACUUGACAGCGGAAAUGACCGAUUAUUGUCCGAAUGAAAAAGAAAACAAGACACCUGAAAAGAAAACCGAAGAUGACAUGAUGAAAUACAAAGAUGAUAUCAUAGACAUCACUGAUGAAACUAUUGAUGAAUCUAACUUUAUUUAUGAUGAUGGCGAGGGUGAUGGCAAUGAUGAACUAGUGAACACACUGGUAGAUGUGAGUGAUCGAAACAAGGCUAUUUUAAGUAAUUUUUAUGGAACAUUGAUGGCACAAAAGAACAAAGAAGCAGAAGCCGACAAUGCAAACACCGAUACACCUAACAUUGAAAAGGUGGUUGACGUUUCAAAUAUUAUCAGUCAAGUACUGGUCAAAUCCAGUAACAAAAUUCUUGUAGCCUCUACACCUAAAACAUGCAAUAACAACCAGCAAGUCAUAGAAAAUACAGAAAACUUUUCACCUAUAAGUGAAGCGCCCAGUGAUGUGGCAAGUAAUAAUGGCGAUCAGGAGUUGCAAGAACAGGAAGCUCCAGCGCCACUUGGGUCUCCAGUGAACAAAAACGAGUCACUUCCAUUACAGCAGUUAGCUGCGAACUUUUUGCGGCUGCAACAGGAGCAGCUGCAGAAAAAACAGCUUGAACAACAACAGCUUCACCAACAACAGCUUCGAGAUCAACAGCUUCGAGAACAACAGCUUCGAGAACAACAGCUUCGAGAACAACAGUUGCAGCAACAACAGUUUCAACAACAACAGCUUCAACAACAACAGCUACAACAACAACAGCUUCAACAACAACGGUUUCAACAACAACAGCAGCAGCAGCAGCAGCAGCAGCAGCAGCAACAACAGCCGCAGCACCUGCUGCAGGAACAACAUAUAAACCAGAUGUUGUUUUUGCGAUUUAUGCAGGAUACUCAAGCGGCGAUGAACAAUGACCAGCAGACCAAACAGCUGCCGUACAGACCGGAGAUGCAAACUGCCGUCGCAUAUCCGUCGUUCAUCAGUCCGCAGCACGCAAAUAACGGACUCAUGAUGAAUACAAUGCAGAUGCCGAUGCAACCGCCGCCUUUUGUUGCGCCGCCUUGGAAUCCAACUUACCCAAUUAGACCAGAGAACACUACAGGUCAGGGUUUAUACCAGCAUGCUCCGAGGGCCGCUCCACCUUCCGCUCCUGGGCUGCCAGUUCUCCCUGUACCAGUACACCCUGUAGCAGCUCUCCCUGCGCCAGCGUUCCCGGCGGACAAUCCCUUAGGGUACCGUUUUAUACAGCAUUCACCACAGCAACAUCUGUAUCCGCAUCCGCAACCACAGCACCAACAACAAGAACAGCAACAACAACCUGUUGUUGAGCAGCGACCAGUGCCCAAGCGAUCUCAAAGAGGAAAAAAACGAGUGAAGAAUACUCAAACUCGCGCUGUGGCCGGCCCGUAUGUGCGUUCUUCGGCGCCGACACCGUCUGACGGCUCAAUUGGGGAUAGAGAACAUCCUCAGCAAAUGACGUCAUAUGAACAGAUGCUGAUGAUGGAUCAUCACAACAAGAUGAAAGCUCAGGAAAUGGCGCACCAGAAAAGUAUACAGGAAGAGCUGCAGAAAAAACAUCACGAAGAGCAGCAGAAAAGGUUGCAGGGUCUGGAGCUGCAAAAACGAUCGUGGGAGACGCCACCGGCGGCGACACUGACCAGUUAUCCGAACAAAAUCCAGGAAGAGCAGCAGAAAAGGUUGCAGGGUAUGGAACUACAACAACGGCCGUGGGAAACGCCACCGGCGGCGGCAUCGGCAGCAGCAGCGGCGGCGGCGGCAGCGACCAAUUAUCUGAACACUCUAAACAAAAUUCGGGAAGAGCAGCAACAAAGGUUGCAGCUGGGGGGGUUGCAGAAACCCUCUUGGGAGACGCCGCCAAAUAAUUUAUAUCCACGCCAGUAA